CGAGAGAAGUCUUCUCUGUCACAGCGCCGACGCUUCUCAAUUCCUUCCAAUCGGCACCUCGCCGUCCUCGUGUGCAAUCCCCAGCUCUCCUCGCCCCUCCCUCCCAAACUCCAGCGGCCCCCCUGACCAAGCUCCGGGGACGGAUGGACGGAGGAGCCGGCUUUCCGGGCACGCAGCCGGUCUCCCGCUCGCCGGAGGACGUCUUCCGGGACUACCGCGCGCGCCAGGCCGGCCUGAUCAGGGCGCUCACCACCGAUGUGGAGAAGUUCUACGUGAUGUGCGACCCAGAGAAGGAGAACUUAUGUUUAUAUGGACUUCCUAAUGAGACAUGGGAAAUAAACUUGCCUGCUGAAGAGGUCCCUCCUGAACUGCCAGAGCCAGCUCUUGGAAUUAAUUUUGCUCGUGAUGGGAUGGAUGAAAAAGAUUGGCUAUCACUUGUUGCAGUGCAUAGUGAUUCUUGGCUAAUGUCUGUUGCAUUUUAUUUUGGAGCAAGGUUUGGAUUCGAUAAAGAAUCCAGGAAACGUCUCUUCACCAUGAUCAAUAACCUUCCCAGCAUAUAUGAGGUUGUCACAGGAACAGCCAAGAAAGAGCCCAAAGAAAAAACUCCUAAAAGCAACAUUAAGACUAACAAAUCUGGCUCAAAGCCCUCGCGCCAUGCGGAACCCAACUCAAGGGUCCCAAAGAUGCCACCUCCAAAGGACGAGGAGAGUGAAGAGGAGGAAGGGGAACCACAGGAAGACCAGGAGAGUGCGCUGUGUGGCGCAUGUGGCCUAGGUUAUGACGACUUCUGGAUCUGCUGCGACCUAUGCGAGACAUGGUUCCACGGCAAGUGUGUUAAGAUCACCCCAGCUAAAGCGGACCACAUCAAGCAGUAUAAGUGCCCCUCCUGCACGGGAAGCAAGAGGGCCAAGGUUUGAUCCACGAUCCAAGGAGCCUUUGACGAGAGCUGUAAGCUGACUCUUCGUGCUAGGGCAGCUAAUAGAUUCGAAUGCUUGUUUUGAUACAAAUUAUGAGUACUGACGAACCGUAAACUGAUGUAGUUUGUGUGGCCCUCAAAGCAUCUAUGUCCUGACUUGUGUGGUUUAGGUUUCCUUUGGCACAGUUUCUAAGAGCUGAUUGUCUAUGAAUCUAAUAUGAGUUUUGUCAAUUAGAGAGAAGUUGCUAUGCUGAAUUUAUGAGCUGAUUUUAUAAAGUGAUGAUAUAAAAU